AUGGGUCUACACGUAUCAAAUGAGAAAUUGGAUGUUUUUGAGGAACCCAUCAUAGAUUAUUCGUUAGCCAGCCUACAAGAAUACACAUACAAACCAUAUGGAUCGCCAUAUUUCAAGAAUUCAAAUAUAGUUCACAUCCCUAUAAACUUCCAAGAUCUUAUUUUAAACAUUGCUGACAGUUAUAUUUACGUCGAAGGAACAUUUACGCCUAGCGACACUACGAAACCCUGCUACUUGUCAAACAAUGCAUUGGCCUUUUUAUCUCAAGAAAUUUCCCUACAGAUGGGUGGCGAAAAAGUGUAUGGAGUUCGGAAUCCAGGGAUAACUUCAACUAUAAAAACGAUGGUGUCACAUGGUAAAAGUGCUAUCCAUACACUUUUGUGUAGUGGUUGGACCUUAAGUGCCGAGAACUCAGCUAUAUGGGAUGUCAAAAGUAAAGUUUUUAGUGGUAGGAUACCCCUAAAAUAUAUAAUGGGAUUCCCAGAAGACUACAAAAAAAGGGUUCUAAAUAUAAAACAUGAGCUUCUGUUGGUUAUUGCAAGAUCCUUCAAAAACUGUUAUGUGGGUGAAUGUCAUGCUGAAUUGACUAUAUCCAAGAUUGAAUGGAAUGUUCCACACAUCGUUCCGGAUGAUCGUUACAAAGUCAAGCUUCUGCAAAGGCUGAAUAAACAUGUGAGCUCAAGGAUCAAGGUAGCAUUUCGAUCUUGGGAUCUCUAUGAGCUUCCAUCUCUUCGUUCUACAUCAUCGGAUGGUUGGGCAAUUAGAACAACCAGUAAACUAGAGAGACCUCUAUUCGUUAUCAUUGGAUUUCAAGAUUCUACAGUUGAAGAAAAUCAUUCGAUGGAUAUAACGAAAUUCAUAAAUGCCAACGUUAACUCAAUUCGCUUGAAGUUGAACAACCAAGUAUUCCCAUAUGAAAGGUGGAACUUGAAUUUCGGAAAAAAGCUCAACACCGCAGAUUAUUAUGUAUUUGAGAACUUUCAAAAAACAUACUACAACCGGAACAUUCCUGUACCUAUGAUGGAUAUUAAAGAAUUUAAUGACAAUCCGCUUUUCGUUAUUGAUUGCAGUCAUCAGCCUGAUCAUCUCCAACUUUCAACUGUCGACAUAUCUUUGGAAUUUGAGACCAGGAAAUCUGCAUUUCCAUUCCACACCAAGGUGUAUGCAUUAGUUAUUCAUGACUCAUGCGUCAGUUACAAUGCUAUUGAUGGGUCUAUCCAAAAUGGACUUAUUCGUUCCUAUUAA